AUGCCCAAUGCGUUUCCUGUCCUGAAGCCUGAUGGUCACAUCCUUCUGCAGGACGUCCGCAGCAAGUUCCCACUGCCUGGGACGUAUCACUUCCGGUUUAAGAUGAGAUGGGGCCCAGAUCCUGUGCACGUGGCGUGGAUGGAUGUCACGAACGAGGCCGCACAGGUGCCGAUGUUUGACGGCCGGGUCGUGGCAAAGGUGACGCGCGUAAGCUGGGAGUCCAAGACGGACGACGCAGCUGUGAAUGGCACGGGCAAGGCGCAGGUGCCCAAACCACCUCCGGAUGUGCUUUCUUUCGAUAGUCCUGUGGUGGCACCCUCGCCCCCUCCUUCGGCGCCUUCGGCGGCUCCGGCAGGCUAUGCUUCUGGAGCACCGCCCCAGGCGCCAAAGCCGAAAGAUGACUUCGACAUGCUCUUCAGCUGA